UUAUAUUUAUUUAUUUAUUUCGUGUACUUUCGUGUCGUUCGUGUACUUAUAUUAAAAACCGAACCCGACACUAAUAGUAACGUGUAUUUUUCGUGUUCGUGUACUUUCGUGUUCGUGUACCGAAUAUUGAAAACCAAACCCAAACUUUUCGUGUCGUGUUCGUGUCGUGUUUUCGUGUCGUGUACCGAAUUGCCAGCUCUAGCCUAUACCAUGAAACCCUACAAACCAGACACCUCACAAUUGUAAACACUAUAAAAUAAUAAUCCACCCGUUUCCGAACCAUCAUAAUAUAAUAAAAUACCAAACAAAUUACUUACAAUCGACAGUAUCUUCUACGAAUAAUGCAUUUAUAUUUCUAAUCAUGUAUCAUGUAUACAAGUAAUAUUUGUACAUUAUACAACGUGCGCAGCGCUAUCCUCGCAAAUCUUCUCACUUUAUAUACUUCCCAACGUGAAUGCUACUAUCUCGCCUUUUUAUCUUCCCUUAAUUAUUACUAAUUUAUUAAGUUAAUUGCAAAAAAUAUAAACCAUCAUUUCCUCUAUUAACAAUUAUUAUUUCCUUAUACUGGCUUUCAUGGCAUUUUUGCUAAAAGGUUCAUGUAUUUGUGGAAUUGAUUUGGUAUAUAUAGUUGACAUAUAUGUAUUAUAUAUAUGUAAUAUGUAUGAAUAGAGAAGGAGAAACUAAGGCAUAAGCUAUGGGGGGUUUGUCUUCUUCAUGCAUUGUCCUCUUACUUGUAUUACAAGCAAGCUGUAUAGCUUGGGGAAGUGAGUAUAAUUAUGUGGAUGCACUAGACAAGAGUUUGAUGUUCUUUGAAGCACAAAGAUCCGGUAAGUUACCGCAAAAUCAACGUGUCAAAUGGCGCGGAGAUUCUGGCCUUAGUGACGGUUUUAAGCAAGGGGUGGAUUUGGUGGGAGGGUACUAUGAUGCAGGGGAUCAUGUGAAGUUUGGGCUGCCAAUGGCUUAUAGUGUGACAAUGCUUGCAUGGGGAGUUAUAGAAUUCAGGAAAGAGAUCAUGGAACUGGACCAGAUGGGCAAUGCUUUGGCUGCUAUCAAAUGGGGAGCUGAUUAUUUUAUUAAAGCUCAUCCUCAACCUAAUGUUCUUUGGGCACAGGUAGGGGAUGGAGACUCUGAUCAUUAUUGUUGGGAGCGAGCCGAGGACAUGACCACUCCAAGGACUGCAUAUAAGCUUGACACAAGCAAUCAUGGUUCAGACCUUGCUGGUGAAACUGCUGCUGCAAUGGCUGCAGCUGCUAUUGCAUUUAGGCCUUACAAUUCUUCCUACUCUGACUUGCUCUUGGUCCACUCAAAACAACUUUUCUCAUUUGCUGAUAGAUUUCGGGGCUUAUUUGUUGAUUCCAUCCCAAAUACCAAGAAAUUUUAUGCGUCGUCUGGUUAUGAGGAUGAACUGUUAUGGGCUGCUGCAUGGCUUUAUCAAGCAACCAGGGAAGAUUACUAUUUGAAAUACGUGGCGGAUAAUGCUGUUUCUAUGGGAGGGACUGGCUGGGCUGUCAAACAGUUUUCUUGGGACAAUAAGUAUGCUGCUGUCCAAAUUCUCCUGUCUAAGGUGUUAUUAGAGGGGGGUGGAGGAGCAUACACUUCCACACUAAAGCAAUAUCAAGCCAAGGCAGAUUAUUUUGCCUGUGCUUGUCAGCAAAAGAAUGAUGGCUACAAUGUGCCCAUGACUGCUGGGGGGUUACUGUACAUAAAUGAGUGGAACAACCUGCAAUAUGCCGCGUCUGCAGCAUUUUUACAUGCUGUUUACUCUGAGUAUCUCUCUGCAGCAAAUGCAGUGCUCAAUUGUCCAGAUGCACAACUAAAGCCCCAAGACCUCCUCAAUUUUGCCAAAUCUCAGGCUGAUUAUAUCCUAGGAAAGAACCCAAAGUCCAUGAGUUACAUAGUUGGCUACGGCCAAAACUAUCCAGUUCAUGUUCACCACAGGGGCGCUUCAAUUGCUCCUAUAUCAGUACUACACUCUCCUGUUGGAUGUGUGCAAGGAUUUGAGACAUGGUAUCGGCUCCCUGGAAAGAACCCUAAUGUCAUAUAUGGGGGAUUAGUUGGAGGUCCUAACAAGAACGACGAGUUCAAUGAUGAUCGGGCCAAUUAUGAACAAACUGAGCCUACCAUGUCUGGUACUGCUCCUCUUUUAGGACUUUUCUCCAGAUUGAGCAAAAUCAACGGAAGUCCAAGAGCAGGUUCAAAUCAUCAAGAAACACCAACAUCCAACACAAAUAGUUCUCCAAGUUCUUAUCCAAAGGAAGCACCUACGCCUCACCCGACAUCAUCUUCCCCAGUAGAGUUCCUACAUUCGAUCACAGAUUAUGGACUGCUGGAGGAACAAAUCAUUACCGCCACAGGGUGAUCAUCAAGAACACAUCACAAAAAACGAUAAAAAAUCUCAGGUUGAAAAUAGAAAUUCUGACAGGUCUCAUUGGGGUCUGACUCCAACUCAAGAAAAGAACAUUUAUGAGCUUCCAGAAUGGAUAAAAGAACUGAAAUCAGGUUCUGAAUGCAAGUUGGUGUAGUUCAAGGAGGACCCCAGGCCAAGGUUUGGUACAGAGCUAUUACUGAAAAUAUCAGCUCAGUCCAAGUUUUUGCUUUAAAUUUUAUGGACAAAUCACCCCAUUCAUAAAAUGGAAACUU